UUUAUUGAGAGAGGAACAGCUGGACGGGUAGCUUCACCUUUGGAGCUUUGGAGCCUCUGACUGUGUCGAUGCUGUGGGGGGCUUUAAAACACACUCACACACAAAGGCAGGUGGAGGAUGACCACCUGGGUGACCCCGCUGGCGGAGUGAGCUGAAUUUGAGAGUGAUUUCUCCGUGUGUUUGGUCAGAGGAGAGCCGGGUGGAUUUUGCUGUGUUAAUCUGUCUUGGACUCCUGACCACAGAUGGCUGGGGCAUCGCCUGAUGAAAAGGCCAACGCUUAGAUAGUUGUGCCGCUCUGGAGCUCUAUUUUAGCCCACUUAAGAUAUGGAUCCAGCUGUGGGACCCCCACCCCCUGCUUCCCCCUCUCUAGCCUCUCUUGUGUCUGCACACACCCCUCCUUCAGUAUCCACCUCCUCAACCCCUGAUUCGUCCACUCGAGUGUCUCCGCCCCCACGUCCUGCCCUGCAGAGAGGUCGCUCUCAGCUUAACGCAGCCAGGGAUGUUACUAUGGUGACCGAAAACCCGCCGUCUGCUGGACCUCCUCCACAGGCAGCUUUGUCUCGUGCAGGGGACAUUCCAGAGGGGCUGAACACAGAGGAACUUAUGCAGAGAGCUAAGAAUGGAGACUCCAAAGCCCAGACAGAGAUUGGCAGGUAUUACCUACGGCUGUCUGAGCUGGAGGAUGAAGAAGUGAAUAGUGUCACUGCCGUAACGUGGCUUCUGCAGGCGGCCAAAAAUGGCCGCAGGGAUGCUGUAAAACUGCUACAGUGGUGCCUACAUGAACGAAAAGGCAUCACAGCGGAGAACAGGGAGGAUGUGCGUACCCUGGCAUCUGAGUCACGUUUUGAGCGCAGUGUUAGAAAAGCAGCUCUGUCCAUGUACUGGAAACUCAAUCCAGAAAGGAAGAGAAAGGUGACUGCGUCAGAACUACUGGAAAACAUAAGCCAGGUCAACACAGAAACAGAUGGUGCCUGUAACAACCUACUCUCAAGCUCUACUCUGAAACAGAGGAAGGUCUUGGAGAGCCUUGUCUCAAGUGAUGGAACUCACUAUGUAGGAGUAGAAGAGUUUGUUGAAAACACUAAGCGGUAUGCCCAAGGCAUCUCGCCAACACCAGCUCUUGACUCAGCUGCUGUUGAUGACGAUGAUGACGAAGAGCCUGUGAAGAACCCUGAUGAGCUGCCUCUGCAUCAGAAGAUACUGAAGUUUCCCCUCCAUGCAGUGACUGAGGUAAAGGAAGUGUUGAUUGACUGGGCCUCCCGUGCUGGAAUGCAGUGGAUCAGCGCCCUCAUCCCCACUCACCAUGUCAACACCCUCAUUUUCUUCUUCAUCAUCUCCAACCUGACUCUAGACUUCUUCCUUCUCGUCAUUCCCCUCAUUAUCUUCUACCUCUCCUUCCUCUCUAUGGUCAUCUGCACGUUGAGGGUCUUCCAGAACAGCAAGGCCUGGGAGAACUUUAAAGCGCUGACGGCCAUGCUGGCUCAUUUUGAGCCGGGGUUGGACCUGGAGCAAGCCGAGUCGAACUUCACGUGGACCCAUCUGGAACCUCACCUCUAUUUUCUGGUUUCCACACUUUUCCUCAUACUCUCGUUCCCUGUGGCAGAUAAGUCCUGGCUACCAUGCUCGGAACUAGCCACAGUGGCGGUCUUCUUCACCGUGAGCAGCUACCUGAGCUUGCGUCCGGUGGCGCAGCAACACGCCAGACUUGCUUUUCUCACACAAGUCACCUCUGCCGUUUGCUCCUGCGCUAAUGAGCUGGUGGGGGGCUGGGUGUUUUGGCUGGUGGGAGGGUCAUGGUUCAAGGUGCCAAUUUGCGACCGGUUGGUGUUGCAUGUGGGUCUGCCUUGUAUUCUGUACCUUUACCUGCUGUACUUGUGUGGGCGCAUGGGCAGUGCCCAGGGAUUUCAUGGGACCUACAGCAUGCUGCUGCCUUACCUACUUUGCUUCACGUGGUGCGAACUGUCUGUUACCCUUCUGCAUGAGUCCACCGUGCUGGGACUUCUGCGCACUGCCGUAGGCUACUUCCUCUUCUUCUUCGCCCUGCCUGUGCUUUCUCUGGCCCUGGCAGCUGUACUGCUGGUGCAGUUGGUGCAGUGGUUCCUUGCACUGGAACUGGCCAAGAUGGCAGUAACUGUAUGUGUGUGCGUGCUGCCUGUUUUGCUUCGGUGGUGGACUCGUUUCAGCGUGUCUCCUCUUGCAGUGCUCAGAUCUCUACGGCACAGCAGCAUCGUCAAGCUGAUCCUGGUGUGGAUCUCGGCCCUGCUGCUCUUCAGCUGGUUCUAUGUUUACCGCUCCGAAGGCAUGAAAGUGUACAACUCCACCCUGACCUGGCAGCAGUACGGCGAGAUUUGUGGCCCUCGUGCAUGGAGGGAGCGCAACAUGGCACAUACGCAGAUCCUCUGCAGUCAUCUUGAGGGACACCGUGUCACCUGGGAGGGCCGUUUCAAGUAUGUCCGUGUGACGGAAAUAGAAAAUGGAGCACAAGCGGUUGUCAACCUCCUGCCCGGCGUUAUAGCGGACUGGGCCCGCUGUCUUUAUGGUGAAGAGUAUCCAGCCUGUGACACAGCUCAGCUAGGGCCCACUGACCCGCUCUGCCAAAUAAAGGCGCUCGCAAAUCACCGGUGCCACGUGAAACGUUUUGACCGUUACAAGUUCGAAGUGACCAUGGGUAUGCCACAUGGGGAGAAGAAGGGGAAAGGAAUGCAAGACUCUGACGAUGCAACCAAAGACAUAGUGCUGCGGGCAAGUAAUGAGUUCCGUAGCGUGCUGUUGGCACUCAGUUCAGGCAGUGUUGUGGAGUUCAGCACUGUUCUAGAAGGCAGAUUGGGCAGCAAGUGGCCGGUGUUUGAGCUGAAAGCUCUUCACUGUAGAACUUGUACCUCUCCUCUGGUGCCAACACAACGGCAAGUCAAGAUAGAGCAGGACUGGAGGGUUAAUGCCCGCAAUGCCUUUGUCUUUGCCUUUAACUUCCUCUUCCAUCCCCUGCUCACUGCUGAAGCAGAUGUUGCUGUGGCUACAGAAGUGGCCGUCUAGGCUUGGACACUGUUUUCAUUUUGGUAACCGGAACUACAAAAGAGCAAGCGUGGCCUAAGGACUGACAUACCACACUAGAGCCGUGUUGAAGUUCUCCUGUCCAAACAUCCAGGUGACCUACAGUUCACUUUUGGAGAGGAGGUCUAGUGAGAAAAUGAUAGGUCAUCUCAGUAAAACUGACUGGGUGAAUCUUAAAGAUAAUCCAAAAGGCAAGAUUUUUUAGGAUGAUGUUGCUGUCUGAUGAAUUAAAUGAAGAUGCUUCAGA